CCAAUUUGGCCUGUUCCAUCUCCAACAAUGAGGAGGGAGUGAAAUUAGUCCGGAUGGCAGCUACCCAGAUUGACAGCCUGUGUCCCCAGGUCAUCAAUGCCGCUCUCACACUGGCUGCCCGGCCACAGAGCAAAGUUGCCCAGGAUAACAUGGAUGUCUUCAAAGACCAGUGGGAGAAGCAGGUCCGAGUGCUGACCGAGGCAGUGGAUGAUAUCACUUCGGUGGAUGACUUCCUCUCUGUCUCAGAAAAUCACAUUUUGGAGGAUGUGAACAAAUGUGUGAUAGCCCUCCAAGAGGGGGAUGUGGACACUCUGGACCGGACUGCAGGGGCCAUCAGAGGUCGAGCAGCUCGCGUCAUACACAUCAUCAAUGCUGAGAUGGAAAACUAUGAAGCUGGUGUUUAUACUGAGAAGGUCCUGGAAGCUACAAAAUUGCUUUCUGAAACAGUGAUGCCACGCUUUGCUGAACAAGUAGAGGUUGCCAUUGAAGCCCUGAGUGCCAACGUCCCUCAGCCAUUUGAGGAGAAUGAGUUCAUUGAUGCCUCUCGCCUGGUCUAUGAUGGUGUUCGGGACAUCAGGAAGGCUGUGCUGAUGAUCAGGACUCCAGAAGAAUUGGAGGAUGAUUCUGACUUUGAGCAGGAAGAUUACGACGUGCGUAGCCGGACAAGUGUUCAGACUGAGGAUGACCAGCUCAUUGCAGGGCAGAGUGCACGAGCCAUCAUGGCGCAACUACCACAGGAGGAAAAGGCAAAAAUAGCCGAGCAGGUGGAGAUAUUCCACCAAGAGAAAAGCAAGCUGGAUGCCGAAGUGGCCAAAUGGGACGACAGCGGCAAUGAUAUCAUUGUGCUGGCCAAGCAGAUGUGUAUGAUCAUGAUGGAAAUGACAGACUUCACAAGAGGCAAAGGCCCAUUGAAAAACACAUCUGAUGUCAUUAAUGCUGCCAAGAAAAUUGCUGAAGCAGGUUCUCGAAUGGACAAAUUAGCCCGCGCUGUGGCUGAUCAGUGUCCUGAUUCAGCAUGUAAGCAGGAUUUAUUAGCCUACCUUCAACGGAUUGCCUUGUAUUGCCAUCAGCUUAAUAUCUGCAGCAAGGUGAAGGCAGAGGUUCAGAAUCUGGGAGGAGAGCUCAUUGUGUCAGGGACAGGAGUUCAGAGCACUUUCACUACCUUUUAUGAGGUAGAUUGUGAUGUCAUAGAUGGGGGCAGGGCUAGUCAACUUUCUACCCACCUCCCAACCUGUGCUGAGGGAGCUCCGAUCGGGAGUGGAAGCAGUGAUUCCUCCAUGCUGGACAGUGCCACUUCACUUAUCCAGGCAGCUAAAAACCUGAUGAAUGCUGUUGUCCUUACGGUGAAAGCAUCCUAUGUGGCCUCAACCAAAUACCAGAAGGUCUAUGGGACAGCAGCUGUCAACUCACCUGUUGUGUCUUGGAAGAUGAAGGCUCCAGAGAAAAAACCCCUUGUGAAGAGAGAAAAGCCUGAAGAAUUCCAGACACGAGUUAGACGAGGUUCUCAGAAGAAACACAUUUCGCCUGUACAGGCUUUAAGUGAAUUCAAGGCAAUGGAUUCCUUCUAGGAUGAUAGGCUUUAACAAGAAAGCUUUUUCUUUCUUUUUUUUCUUUCCUUUCCUUUUUAAUUCCAUUUUUGUAUGCAUACCUGCCGACUCGUAUGCCUCUGGCAUGGGGAAAUUAAGGGAACAGUGUCUGUCUGCAUGCAAGAUGAGAUGUGAUCAAUACUACUGAUCCAUCUGUAGCCUGGAAGGGGACAGGGGAUUCCUGUCCUGAGGUGUGGCACAGAGCUGUCCUUUGCAACAUUCUCAUAAAAUUGGGUAAAGAGUUCGCAUUGGCGCAACGUCUAUGGGAGUGGGAGGGAUGGGGAAAAUAAACUUAACUCUACAAAAGCAAAUUCUAAUGCAUGCAAGAAUCAUUAGGUUGGCAGGUAUAUUCAUAAGUGAAAAAUCUGGAAGUGUAAUGGUAGAACAUAAAACUUGUAUUGCUUCUGUUUCAAGUGCAAAAAAUGUACUAGCCAAUACGCUUAAGUGCGUGGCGCACAAAUUGAACAAUUUAACUUUAAAGUCAUAUCCAUGAUAUUAUGUGGAUUUUUAACUGAGGGGAAACUAGUCCAGCCUAAAACGCUUCUUUUAAUCUGCAUUCUGUUUUCUCUUCUAGUUGUGCCAUUACUAGUGAUCAUGUUAUUAUUUUUCCCCUUUACUAAAAAUAAUAAACAUUUAUUUGAGACAAUUAAAAUCCUUCUGGGGGCACUGGAAGCACAAUAUGGUGAUCAAUCUUGCUUUCAUUUUUUUUUUUUAAUUUGAACUAUGAUUUUUCUAGAAAUAGAAGGCUCAGUUGUGGAAUAUAGAGGAAUGGAAACUGAAGAUGUGUGGAGGUUUAGAGGCAAAUACAUAGGUGUAGCUUGGAGUGCUGGUAUCUAAUAUACCGUUGUAUCCGCUAACUCGAAAUAAACACAUUUAAUCUUGACAUCUCAA